AAAACCCUCAGUGCAUGGGGAUCCGGUGGAUUUGGAUUACAGGAGGCAAAGUAUAUCAACCGUGGAGGAGAAGAGGCACUGGAGCUUUUUCUGAAGAGAUGUGUUGCAUCAUUUUUGCAAGAAAUGUCCACGUUGGAUAAACUUAACCUGGGAGGAGUAUUUAUAACACAGAAUCUAACUGUGUGAAGGCUGUCUGAGGAGAAUCAUCCAGUGGAUAAACACUGAGGAGUGGCUUUAGAAAAGUGCCAUAUCUCCACUUUAUCUACCUGGGAUUCUACAGGUUGUUUUUUUCUAAAGUUUCCAACAUGACCGCCAUGCAGAGGCUGCUGCAGCUGCCAGUGACCGCGGUGAACAUGGUGAAGACGGUGCAGAGUCAGGUGCAGGGCCAGGAGGAGGACAAGAGCCCCGUGCUGACCCCUGACGGCGUCCAUCAGGCCUGGUACAGCGCUCUGCAGCCCGACGAGCUGCGCCACCUCCGAUCCGGGGGUACAGGAGGUGGAGGUAGAGGAGGAGGUGGAGGAGGAGACCACGAGGAGCAUUCAUCACUGGAGGAAGGAGGUGGAGGUGGAGGUGGAAGCAUUUUCCAGAGUCAACCUUUGCGACACGACGACCUGAAGGAGAUGUUGGACAGCAACAAAGACUCGCUGAAGCUGGAGGCAAUGAAGCGCAUUGUGGCUAUGAUCGCCCGGGGUAAAAAUGCAUCCGAUCUCUUCCCCGCCGUGGUGAAAAACGUGGCCUGUAAAAACAUUGAGGUGAAGAAGCUGGUCUAUGUUUACUUGGUGCGUUACGCUGAGGAGCAGCAGGAUCUCGCUCUGCUCUCCAUCUCCACCUUCCAGCGAGGGUUAAAGGAUCCGAACCAGCUGAUCAGAGCCAGCGCUCUGCGAGUCCUCUCCAGCAUCCGAGUCACGAUCAUCGUCCCCAUCAUGAUGCUGGCCAUCAAAGAGGCUGCCUCCGAUAUGUCUCCAUACGUCAGGAAGACGGCCGCUCACGCAAUCCCUAAACUCUACAGUUUGGAUCCAGAACAGAAGGACCAGCUGAUUGAAGUCAUAGAGAAACUCCUCGCUGAUAAAACCACGCUGGUAGCGGGAAGCGUUGUGAUGGCGUUUGAGGAGGUUUGUCCCGAACGCAUCGAGCUGAUCCACAAGAACUACAGGAAGCUGUGCAACCUGCUGAUCGACGUGGAGGAGUGGGGGCAGGUCGUCAUCAUCAACAUGCUGACCCGCUACGCCAGGACCCAGUUCCUGAACCCCAACAUGAACGAGUCCCUGCUGGAGGAGGGAAGCGACAAGACCUUCUACGGCUCGGAUGAAGACGAGGAUGAGGAAGAGGAGGAGAAAGAAAAGAAAGCGGAGGCUCCCAUGGCCAAGAGGAAGCCUUACGUGAUGGAUCCGGAUCACCGGCUGCUGCUGAGAAACACCAAGCCGCUCCUGCAGAGCCGCAACGCAGCCGUGGUUAUGGCUGUGGCCCAGCUCUACUUCCAUCUGGCCCCCAAAGCGGAGAUCGGGGUGAUCGCCAAGGCUCUGGUCCGUCUUCUGAGGAGCCACAGUGAGGUCCAGUACGUCGUUCUUCAGAACGUGGCGACAAUGUCGAUUAAACGGAGGGGGAUGUUUGAGCCGUACCUUAAGAGCUUCUACAUCCGCUCUACAGACCCGACCCAGAUUAAAAUCCUUAAGCUGGAGGUUCUCACCAAUCUGGCGAAUGAGACGAACAUUUCCACCAUCCUCAGAGAGUUUCAGACGUACAUCAAGAGCAUGGAUAAAGACUUUGUGGCCGCCACGAUCCAAGCCAUCGGCCGCUGCGCCACAAACAUCGGGGAGGUGAGAGACACGUGUCUGAACGGCCUGGUGCAGCUGCUGUCCAACAGAGACGAGUUGGUGGUAGCGGAGUCGGUGGUGGUGAUUAAGAAGCUGCUGCAGAUGCAACCGGAGAAACACAGCGACAUCAUAAAGCACAUGGCCAAACUGACAGACAACAUCCAGGUGCCGAUGGCGCGGGCCAGCAUCCUGUGGCUGAUCGGAGAGUACUGUGAGCACGUUCCCAAGAUCGCUCCCGAUGUCCUGAGGAAGAUGGCCAAGUCGUUUACCAACGAAGAAGACAUUGUCAAGCUACAAAUCAUCAAUCUGGCCGCCAAGCUUUAUCUCACCAACUCCAAACAGACCAAGCUGUUGACGCAGUACGUCCUCAACUUGGCCAAGUACGACCAGAACUAUGAUAUCCGUGAUCGGGCGCGCUUCAUUCGUCAGCUCAUCGUUCCCACCGAGAAGAGCGGAGCGCUCAGCAAGUACGCUAAGAAACUCUUCCUCGCCCUCAAACCUGCUCCGGUCCUCGAGUCUCCUUUUAAAGAUCGAGACCACUUCCAGUUGGGUUCAUUGUCCCACCUGCUGAAUGCUAAGGCUGGCGGCUACCAGGAGUUGCCCGACUGGCCCGAAGCCGCCCCAGAUCCCUCCGUGCGCAACGUGGAGGUGAAGGAUUCUGUGCCUGAAUGGACCAAAUGCAGCAGCCGGGAGAAGAGGAAGGAGAAGAAAGUGGAGAAGCCGUUCUACUCUGACUCAGAGGGAGAGUCCGGGCCGACAGAGUCAGCAGACAGUGAGUCUGACUCGGCGAGCGGCUCGGAGAGCGGCAGCGGCCUGGAGGAGAGCGGCUCGGGAUCUGAGAGCGAGGAGAGCGAGGAAGGCUCAGAGUCUGAGGAAGAGGAGGAGGAGGAAAAGGACAAGAAGAAGAAAAAGAAAGAAUUAAAGAAGCCGGUGCAGGAAAGCGAAAGCGAGCAGAGCAGUGAAGAGGAAGUGAGGAAGCACGAGAGGAAGAAUAAACAGCGUAAGAGCGACUCAGAGUCUGAAUCUGAUGAGGAGGAGGAGAGCGAGUCUGAAAGCAGCCAAUCGGAGUCUGAAGACUCAGAGUCUGAGGCAGAAGUGAAAAAGAAGAAAAAGGUAGCUGAACCUAAACCUCCCUCUAAGCCUGUCAAGAAAGAGUGCAAGAAGGAGAAGAAGGAAAUGUCUCUGCUCGACCUCGAUGAUUUCGAACCUGCUCCCUCUCCUCAAGCCACGCCGCUGAACACCUUCCUGUCCAGCAGCCUGGUGAACGACCUGGAGGGACUGUCCCUGUCCGACGCCGUCCUCUCUCCGGCUACCAUCUCUCCCUCCAGCACCCUGAAGAGCUACGAGCUGCUGCACCGGAUCACGGGGGAGGGUCUGUCCGUGGAGUACUGCUUCAGCCGGCAGCCGUUCCCCCCCGACGGCAACAUGGUGGCGGUGCAGAUGCAGUUCACCAACAACGCCACCUCCGACGCCAAGAACCUGCACAUGGAGGACGUGAAGCUGCAGUCCGGGAUGAGGGUCAAAGAGUUCACUGAGAUCGAGCUGCUGCCGGCAGGGGAGACGGCCACAGCUGUGAUGGGCAUUGAUUUCUGUGACUCGACACAAGCUGCAAACUUCCAGCUGUGCACCCACACCAGGAAGUUCUUCGUGUCGAUCCAGCCUCCGGUUGGGGAGCUGAUGAGGCCCGUCUUCUUGACAGAGAACGAGUUUAAAAAGGAGCAAGGUCAGCUGAUGGGGAUGAACGAGAUCUCGGAGAAGCUAACGCUGGACGCGAACUGCCGGAACGAACACUCCAUCGUGCAGAGGGUGAUCACCGCCGCCAACCUCAGCAGAGUGCCCUGUGGGUCGGAUAAAGAGUGCCGGUUCGCGGGCCGGACGGUGACCAGCAGCAGCCUGGUGUUAGCCACCGUGGCGUCCAGAGAGGAGGGGGCCGCCCAGCUGACGGUCAACUGUGAGAAGAUGGUGAUCGGCACCAUGCUGGUGAAGGACAUCCUGCUGGCGCUGACGCAGUGACCUGUGACCUUUUUCUGCCCCCUCACCCCCCACCCCCCCUCACAUAUCGUCCAUAACACGUGUAGCAUCUCCUCCGUUCUCCUGUUAGCAGGACGUUUCCAGAAAGUUGUUUGUUUGGUUCAAGAGCCACUAAUUUAAAAGACUCCCUAUAUUCACUGAAUGUCACAGCAGUGCGUGAUGUUUAAGACAAUCAGACAUGACUGAAAAUUAAGUCCUUUUUCUCCUGAUACAUUUUUUUAAAUACUUGAUUUGCAGCAUAUUUUCAUUCCUUGGGAAAUAGAUUUUUAAGACUCCAAUUUCUGAAUCUUUAAAACGUUAAAUCUACUCAUAGUGAAAAGUAGAUGGUCCAAAGUUACACCAUUACCAAAUACAAGGUCCACUUACUGAAUCUCUGACAGGAUUUCUAACAUCUCUUGGCCUUUUUCUUAGCAGAUGGAGUUCCUUGCUGGUCACAAACUCAAUGAAGACAAGGCACGUUUAUUCGCAAUUCGAGACGUAAAAAGAGCAUUAAGAUUACAUUUAAAAUAAACCUUUUUAAAAGAUAAAUCAGAAAGUCUCAAUGCAAACAACAUCAGUAAUUGAAGUACAAUAUAGUGGAUACACAAGCUAAAUUAGUAAAAACAUAGCAUAAUUCAGAAUGUCCCAAAUUGAAUUUAUCAAAAAGUGGUAGCAAACAAAACCAUUUUUGAGCCUUGAAGCAAAGAAGAGAGAUCUGAGAGCUGAGCACAAGUUUUCUGGGAGAUUUUUCCGAGUAAGGUGGAAAAUAAUCCAUGUUUUUUAACUAAGAAGUCAUAAGGGGUCUGGGCGGUGCAUUUAUGAGGCAACAGAUCCGAGAUGUACUCUAGAAACUAAGGACUUAAAAAUUGAUCAGAGCAUGGAAUGGGGAGUAGUCAAGGUAAUUGAAGCCCCCGAGAAAGAUGGAGGAGGCCCUUCACAUCCAAUGAUAACCUCCGAAAUAUAAACACCUGUAUUUAUGUGACCUUACUAACACACCUAGGUCAUGUGACAACAACUCCAUCUGCUGAGGACGGCCUUAUGAUGGGAUUGAAUACUUUAAAAACACAGUUGGAGAACAUUAUGUAAAGAAUUGUUGCACAAAAACAAAAUGUGUCUUCCUCUAAAUAUAUUCUCAGAAAAUAGAUAUAAAAACGAUCCAGUUUCACCCAUCACAUUCAGUUCAUUUUCCUUAAAGAUAAGGUGGUUGCCCAAUUUAGAUUAAGUUAUUCGCAGACUAUUUUAAGAUGUAGAUAAUAUAAGUAAACGAUUGUAAAGUAGGUAUAACUUCCCCACGUCAACACAUUAUAAAAGCAUAAUCAAUCUCUAUCCAGUUAUUUGACGUCAUUACUUGAAUGUAGCAUGAAGGCUCGAGUGAGACACGACUACCUAUAACGGAAUCAUUCCUCCGAGGCACAGUGAACUUAUUUUUAUCGUUGAUCAAUAACUCGACGGAUCUCAAAUUCUGCGGUUUUAACAAUACGCCUCGCUGUCAUAGUGCUCAUGUUCAUCACAACAAGACAUUUAUAAAAACUGGAGAUGUACUGCUAUAAGUAAGGUGUGUGUGUGUGUGUGUGUGUGUGUGUGUGUGUGUGUGUGUGUGUGUGUGUGUGUGUGUGUGUGUGUGUGUGUGUGUGUGUGUGUGUGUGUGUGUGUGUGUGUGUGUGUGUGUGUGUGUGUGUGUGUGUGUGUGUGUGUGUGUGUGUGUGUGUGUGUGUGUGUGUGUGUGUGAUGACACUGAAUAAUGACCUGGCAAACGAUAAACUAGCUGUUUAAAAAAUGACUCAACAUGACACGUGAAUUGAAGUUAUCAUGAGGCACGUUUGAAUGAUCAGAACUGCACAAUACUAUCAUAUUCAUAUUUCCUCAUUUUAAAUCUUAUGUUGAAGAUUUAGAAAUGUGCCCGAGGACAUUUCUGAUGCUAAAGCUACUUCUAUCAUCCGUAGAAAUGACUGAAACAAAUCCACUUUAAAACCAAUAGUAUUUCUCCCAACAGUUAUUUUAUUAUUUGUCGAUAUUGACUGACUGAUUGAUUCAUAAUGGUCCAUAAAGUGUAAGGAAAUGUCUGUAUUUAAAGCUUAUUUUUAGUACAACAGUGUCCAAAACAGCAUAGUUGUUUAUGUAAUACAUUAAUAUUAUAACCAACUUAUAUUUAUAUCCAAGGAGCCGUAACCAGAGAGUUCUUCGGUGCAUUUUUGGCUUAAAAAUGAGUUAAAAUUAUUUUAAAUCAAGCUUUCAUUUGAUUUUCUAUUAAUCUUUAUUCGUUUCUUUCUCUACCAAAUUCAAAAUUCAAACGUUGCCAUUGAAGCCGCUUUUAAUGGACUUUUAGAUUAAAAAAAUCCACUUUUACGAAAGUUAAUUACCUUUCUGCAAGAACACUUUUACCAGAAUCAGCUUUUAAUUUGACUUUUCAGAAUUUAGUUUAGUACAAUAAAUUACAAUACAUACAGAUUAUGAAAUAGUGCUUCAUGAUAAUGUCAAACAUGUUCAUGUGUUACCUUGAUGUCAUUUAUCGAGACUGUUUCCAUGUUUUUUUAUAUCAUUUCAUUUCUGAUCAUGUUUCUUCUUUCUGUUACGGACCCUGAUGUAUCCUGCGGCUGCACGCUUCUUAACUCUAUCUGUUUUUAUUUAUUUAUUUAUUGUUUACUUUGUGAUGGAAGAUGUUUGACCAAAGGAGAACAACGCAGUCACUUCCUGAUGAUUGAAAUCCGAGCAGCAGCAGCAGCAGAAGAUGGUUUUUAUUUUGGCCUUUUUUUGCACCUGUUGCAUUGUUUACCAUUGAACCACCACACAGUCACGAUGAAGAAUGUAAAGAGUAAGAAAUGAAUACUUGUAAUGUAAGAAACCCUCUGAACUAAAGACUGCCCUCACCAAACAGAUGGAUAUUUUAAUUUCAUUCAUGUGUGGCAAUCUGUUUUAUUCUGCAUCGGCUUUCAAAUAUCCAAAGUAUGUUUUACUCAUGCUCUGUGUGUGGUUGUGAAAUGUGCUCCUGAAGUAUUACAAGUUUAUUUAUUAUACAAAUAAAAAAUACAGAUACAUC